AGGGAGGGCAGCGGACGUGACGCAGAUCUCAGCAGGUCCUGCAGCCGGGGUGAAGUACGGGCUCGGGCCCCAUGUGCCUUCAGUCCCGGCCGGCCCAGGUCGCCGGCUUCUGCAGACUCCAGGGGACCGCAGCGGCACCGCCGCGCCUGCGCCCUAAGCGGAGUCAUGUCCGGUAACGGCGGCGGCGCGGCCACAACCGCGGGGAGAGCAACCCGACUUCUUAAAACUAUACACAAACAUCUUGGAACUGUACACGCCGUCUCCCGCUCUCCGUUAUGGAAGUCACCCAGCCCUAGCCACCAACAAAAGUCCUAACUGAGACACACCUGAAUUACUAUUGAAGAAAACGGCUCAAAGAUGAGGGUGAUUCGAGUGGGCACCCGUAAGAGCCAGCUGGCUCGCAUACAGACCGACACUGUGGUGGCGAUGCUGAAAACCUUGUACCCUGGCAUACAGUUUGAAAUCAUUGCUAUGUCCACCACGGGGGACAAGAUUCUUGAUACUGCACUCUCAAAGAUUGGAGAGAAGAGCCUGUUUACGAAGGAGCUAGAAAACGCCCUGGAAAAAAACGAAGUGGACCUGGUUGUUCACUCCCUGAAGGAUGUGCCUACCAUACUACCUCCUGGCUUUACCAUUGGAGCCAUCUGCAAACGGGAAAACCCUUGUGAUGCUGUUGUCUUCCACCCAAAGUUUAUUGGAAAGACCCUUGAAACCUUGCCAGAGAAAAGUGCGGUGGGAACCAGCUCCCUGAGGAGAGUGGCUCAGCUACAGAGAAAGUUCCCCCACCUGGAAUUCAAAAAUAUUCGGGGAAACCUCAACACCCGCCUUCGGAAGCUGGAUGAGCUGCAGGAGUUCAGUGCCAUUAUCCUAGCUGUGGCUGGCCUACAGCGCAUGGGCUGGCAGAACCGGGUGGGCCAGAUCUUGCACCCUGAGGAAUGCAUGUAUGCUGUGGGUCAGGGAGCUCUAGCAGUGGAAGUCCGAGCCAAGGACCAGGAUAUCUUGGACCUAGUGAGUGUGUUGCAUGAUCCUGAAACUCUGCUUCGCUGCAUUGCUGAAAGGGCUUUUCUGAGGCACCUGGAAGGAGGCUGUAGCGUGCCAGUAGCAGUGCAUACAGUGAUGAAAGAUGGGCAACUGUACCUGACUGGUGGAGUCUGGAGUCUAGAUGGCUCAGAUAGCAUGCAAGAGACCAUGCAGGCCACCAUCCAGGUCCCCAUUCAGCAUGAAGAUGGUCCAGAGGAUGACCCACAGUUGGUUGGAAUUACUGCCAGGAACAUUCCAAGAGGAGCCCAGCUAGCUGCUGAGAACCUGGGCAUCAGUUUGGCCAGCUUGUUGCUCAACAAAGGAGCCAAGAACAUCCUGGAUGUUGCACGGCAGCUUAAUGAUGUGCGCUAACUGGUCUGCAGGGCACAGGAACCCUGGCUGCCACUCCAGUGCCUACAUCUGGCUUUCAAGUGCCCUGUGCUCCUUAACUAGGAGUGUGAUUAUCCCAGGAGAUUGAACCACAGGGUUGUUGAGACUUCCACUUUGGAAGAUCCGCCUCAGCUUGGGGCCUCCAUGACUGUCUUCCCCUCAAUAGUUGGGGGCUUCAUCUCUUUGAAUGUAACCAAUGCCACUAAUAAACCAGUUCAGAAUGUGGUUCUUUUGAUGGAGUUGGGGAAGAUAUGAAUAAACCCAAAGCCCUUUUAAACCUGAA